ACCCAUGUUUAGAAAAGCAUUAUGUUCUCACUUUAUCUUUGUGCUCCUUCACUAUCAUCAUCUUCUCUCUAAACCUCUAUCUUCUCUCUUUCUCUUUUGGUUCUGUGCUCGAUCUCCUCACAUCUCUCUUUAACCUUUGGUUCCCUUCUUUCGUUUUUAUAUGAUUCUCCCACCAUUUUUGUUCUUUUGAGUUUUAAAGAUCCAUCAAACUUUAUUAAAGAAAGAAGAACAAAGAGAUAAAAGGGAAGAAGAACAAUGGUUUUCUCAUCCGUCUCAAGCUUUUUAGAUCCACCAAUUAAUUGGCCACAGGUUCUUUGAUCUUCCAUUAUACCUAAUUCUCUCUUUCUCUACUUUCUUUUUGUGUGAUUUUUACCGCUCUUAAAUUCUUCAUUGAUUGUUUUGAUUCUUAUAUUAAUAAUUUUGAUUCAUUUUUUCUAAAAGAUAUAUUCCUAUUCUCAUCUUCAUUCAUCUUUAAGCUCUUCUUUUUUCAAAGUUCCAAAACAUAUUCAUGUCUGCGAAUCCAAAUAACCAUCCUCAUCAUCAUCAGCUACAAGAAAAUGGAAGUUUAGUUAGUGGCCACCACCAAGUACUCUCUCACCACUUCCCACAAAACCCUAACCCUAACCACCACCAUGUUGAGACAGCAGCCGCCACCACCGUUGAUCCGAGCAGUCUCAAUGGCCAGGCGGCUGAGAGAGCGAGGCUAGCUAAGAACUCUCAGCCGCCAGAGGGAGCCCUAAAGUGUCCUCGAUGUGACUCAGCCAAUACCAAGUUCUGUUACUUCAACAACUACAACCUCACGCAGCCACGCCACUUCUGCAAAGCUUGCCGUCGCUACUGGACACGUGGCGGUGCCUUGAGGAACGUACCUGUCGGUGGUGGCUGCCGGAGGAAUAAGAAGGGUAAAUCCGGAAAUUCAAAGUCUUCCUCUUCCUCUCAGAACAAGCAGUCAACGUCUAUGGUCAACGCUACAAGCCCUACUAAUACUAGUAAUGUCCAGCUCCAAACAAAUAGCCAAUUCCCAUUUUUGCCCACUCUACAAAACCUCACUCAACUUGGUGGUAUUGGUUUAAACUUAGCCGCCAUUAAUGGAAAUAAUGGUGGAAAUGGUAACACUAGCUCAAGUUUCUUGAAUGACUUAGGGUUUUUUCAUGGUGGUAACACUUCAGGUCCGGUCAUGGGUAACAACAACGAGAAUAACCUAAUGACUUCUCUUGGAUCAUCCAGCCACUUUGCUUUGUUCGAUCGAACCAUGGGAUUAUAUAAUUUCCCUAACGAGGUAAAUAUGGGAUUAUCUUCUAUUGGUGCUACUAGGGUUUCUCAAACUGCUCAGGUGAAAAUGGAGGACAACCAUUUGGGUAAUAUAAGCCGCCCGGUUUCGGGGUUGACAUCUCCAGGGAAUCAAUCCAAUCAAUAUUGGACCGGUCAAGGUCUCCCCGGUUCUUCAUCUAACGAUCAUCAUCACCAGCAUCUUAUGUGAUUGUGUUUCUUAGCCGUCGGAUUAUUCAUGGACCUUGUUAAAGAUCCAAUGCAUAUGGAGAAACUAAAAGGUAUAUUAGAAUCGGUUUGUUAUAGUCAAUGGGUGCAUAUAGAAUCAGGUGUGACAAAGAAUUAUUCGUAUUGUGUGAUUAUGAACUUGUUAGAUGUAUGAGAGUGUACUUGUCGAGUUUGUGUUUGUUCAAUUCGUAUUAUUCACUCAAAUUUUCAUAAAAUAAUACUAACUUA